AUGGGCUCGUCGGACUCGGACAAGGCCGCAGUCCAACACAGUGAGACCUUGCCUGGUGUCUCCUCGACCGCCGCCGAGAGAGGCUUUGCGGCUACGGACCAGAAUGGCCAGCCCAUCGUUCAGUUCGACCUUAAAGCCGAGGCCAGGCUCCGCCGGAAACUAGACUUGUUUAUCGUCCCGACUGUGUCGCUCCUCUAUCUGUUUUGCUUCAUCGACAGAGCAAAUAUUGGAAACGCCAGGAUUGCCGGUCUGGAAAAGGACCUCAACUUGACGGGCUACGACUACAACGCGCUCCUCUCCGUCUUCUACAUCUCGUACAUCGUGUUCGAGAUCCCGUCCAACAUCGCGUGCAAAUGGAUCGGGCCGGGCUGGUUCAUCCCGGCCAUCUCCCUCGGCUUCGGUGUCGUCUCCUUGGCCACCGCCUUCGUGGACAACUUUGCCCAAGCGGCCGGCGUCCGUUUCCUCCUCGGCGUCUUCGAAGCCGGCAUGAUGCCCGGCAUCGCCUACUACUUGUCUCGCUGGUAUCGCCGCGCUGAGCUCACCUUCCGUCUGUCGCUCUACAUCGUCAUGGCACCCAUGGCUGGCGCCUUUGGUGGUCUCCUGGCCUCGGGUAUCCUCUCCCUCGAUCACGUCGGCGGGGUUACCGGCUGGCGCAUGAUCUUUGUCGUCGAAGGCAUCAUCACCAUCGGUCUCUCCGUGAUCAGCUUCAUUACGCUCACCGACCGGCCCGAGACUGCACGGUGGCUCACCCAAGAGGAGAAGGACCUCGCCAUCGCCCGCGUCAAGUCGGAGCGCGUCGCCACCACCGAGGUGCUCGACCGCAUGGAUACCAAGAAGCUCAUCCAGGGCAUCCUCAGCCCCGUCACGCUGGCCACCUCGUUCAUGUUCCUGCUCAACAACAUCACGGUCCAGGGCCUCGCCUUCUUCGCGCCCACCAUCGUCCGCACCAUCUACCCCGACAAGUCGACCGUGAUGCAGCAGCUCUUCACGGUGCCGCCUUACGUCGUCGGCGGCUUCUUCACCCUCGCCCUGCCGCUCCUCAGCUGGUACCUCGACCGGCGCCAGAUCAUCAUCCUCCUGAGCACCCCGCUCGUCAUUGUCGGCUACAGCAUGUUCCUCGGCACCACCAACCCCUCGGCCCGCUACGGCGCCACCUUCCUCCUCUCCAGCUCGCUGUUCGCCGUCGGCGCGCUGUCCAACUCCCAGGUCAGCGCCAACGUCGUGUCCGACACGGCGCGCAGCAGCGCCAUCGGGUUGAACGUCAUGAUGGGCAACGUGGGCGGCCUCAUCGCCACCUGGAGCUACCUGCCCUGGGACGGCCCCAACUACAAGAUCGGCAACGGCCUCAACCUGGCCGCCUGCUGCACCGUCCUCAUCCUCUCGGCGGUCACGCUGCUCUGGAUGAAGUGGGACAACCGGCGGCGCGAGGGCCGCAACGCCGAGGAGGAGCUCGCCGGCAUGUCGAGGCAGGAGAUUCAGGAUCUGGAUUGGAAGCAUCCCGCUUUCCGCUGGAGGCCUUAA